AGAAGUGUCCAAUUGGUGUCAGAAGUCGGACAGGUUACUAUGUCAGACUAUUCUGGGUGGUAGCCUGUCUUUACACCUCUGAACAGUGCUGUAUUGGAGAGAUAUCAAAGAGAGAGGAAAGGAAAGUAGCUGGAAAUAAGAACUGGUCACUUUAAGAUUAAGAGCCAGGCGCGGGUGGAGCAAAUGUUCAAGCGUUGACCCAUGCUUAUAAAAAGAUAGAGAAACCGCGUUGCUGUGAGCGAAUUAAUUCCCCGAGCGAAUGUUGUCGGAAAAUAUAUAGCACGUGCAAGUUUUGUUGUCGUCAGCAGUCGGCCAAUAACUGGAUAGUCCUGCUAGAAAUCGAAGGAGCUACUAUACUACAAUACCUCCACUACACAACAGCCUACUUUGAUGGUAUGCCAGCACCUAACAAGGAGACAGGAUGACUACUACUGGUUGGCUGGACUGCAGUAAGCAGAUGGACAGUGUCUCUGUGAGGACUGGGUGCUCUAUGGAUCUACAUGUACAUGUCCGUUAGGAGCAGCCUGCCUUCCUCCAGUCUCUGUCACAGCAUGGCCCGAAACAAGGCUUACUGGGGACAGCCACAUGGCACAAACAGCCUGUGCUUUAGCCUGGAUGCUGACGACGCGAUGGAACACAACUUGAAAGAGCAUCACCAACACCACACAGUGUCCCAGGGCUUUGACAACAAGAUGCCCCAGCCCUACCAUCUACUGUACUCUAGCAGCCAUCCCUUGACCUCUCACUCCACCAGGCCCCGCCCUCCUGAGGGGGACCAGGUGGUCCCCUCCUUCCAGAGACUAUCAGUUUAUGAGCAGAGUCCGUCCUGCGGCCCCAAGCCCCUGCCCCCUCUCCCUGACCCAGAGGAUAACUCCUCAGAUGAGGCGGCGGACAGCGAGGUGGAAUUCUUCAUCGACGAGAGGCAGCACCUACUUCCCCAGCGCUGCUCCACGAAUGCCCUGGCCCUCCACUAUGGAGCCACCGGACGACGAAGCUUCAGGGGCUGUGGCCAGGUCAACUAUGCCUACCUUGAGGGCCCCCCCGGGGCUAGUGGCUCGGCUAAUGGUGGAGCCCAAAGUGGAACCCAGGAGCAGCAGGCCCAGUUUGGGGGACAGAGAGGGCCAGGGGCCGUGGUGGUAGCAGCGAGGGACAUUUCUAGCAAGCAACCCGAUCGGCCCCAAUGGUCCAAGUUGCGGCGCUCCCACUCGGGCCCUGCAAGCUCCUUCAAGCCCUCCGGCCUGCGCCAGUCGUGCCACCUUCACCACCACCACCAUGGUAGCUACAGGGGCAACCCCCAGCUGGACAAGCCUGAAGUUCCUCCCCGUAUCCCCAUCCCCCCACGCCCCUCCAAGACUGCCAACUGCCACCCUUGGUCUAUCAUUGAGGACCAAGACAAGGACAAGCCUCCCAAAGUCCCUCCCAGGAAACCGUUAGCGCCCCCUUGUGGCUCCUGUUGCACCCCUAGUCCCAAGAGCCUCCCUAUAUACGUGAAUGGGGUGAUGCCCCCUACGCAGAGUUUCGCCCCCAACCCCAAAUAUGUCAGCAAGGGCCUCCAGAGGCCACAACAGCAGCAUAGGGAGGGGUCCACUGGGCCCUUGGUGGGCCCACGCUCCCCCUGUAUCGUGCCUAUCAUGGAGGAUGGGAGGAAAGCCAGUGCCACGCACUAUUUCCUCCUACCCCGGCGGCCAUCCUACAUGGACAGGUUAGAAAGGUUCUUGAGGGAGAAGGAGGCAGACAGUGUCCAGCAACACUCCCAGCUCAGAGUGGGGUUGCCAGAACAGGCAGAAACCUCCUGUCAUCAUAUAGAGCUUCAGCAUUGCGGAAAGCUUGAAGACUGACCCCCCACACACUAAUGUGCAUCUUUAAUUAUAGUGGAAAUAGGGUGCCAUUUCGGGACGAACCCUUAGUCAUUGAGUCUAGGGUGCUACCACUAAAACUUUUGCCACCUCACUUGAUGCAACAUACAGAAUUUUCACAAAGAUAAACCAUAGAUGCCUGGAGGCUUCAAGUGUCAGAUCUGUACUGUCACUGCAUUCAAACAGAAAACAGUGUGAUGGAUUGGUAUAAGGUGUUUUUUGUUGUGCUCUGUGAGUAGUGUUUUGUUAAAUGGUAUGGGUUAACUGAAGACAUGCAAGUGAAAAUUUGUUCUAUGUUAUUUUGCUGUUGAAAGACCAAUCUGUUGAGGGAUUAAUUUGAAGGUAUCGGUUUACUAGACAUGUUUAGUUUUAAACUAAUCGAUCUAGGUCUAGUUGGUCCCUACUGUUCAUGGUUAUGUAUCAACUAAUGUAAAAUGUUCUACUCAAUGUGGGGAAAGGUCUAUUUAUAAUAUUCCGAGUCUAGGGAGUAUAUACCCACUAAUUAGCUGUUCACAAAAAAUAUGGAUAGAAAUCGUCCCUUUUCAGCCGGAGUCGUAUUAACUAGUCACCAAAUGGAAGAAACCCGACUGAAACAGGGAGGGACUACCUGAACUUGUCCAAUUAGAAACAUUCAUUUUCGUUUUCUGUUGGUAAACGCUUUGCUAGUGUGUGCACUGAUGAAUAUGACCCAGUAUGACCAGAGUUGGACGUCACAAAGAUUUCCCCCCUAGUAGGCAUCCUAUUGGAUUACCUGACACAGAUUUUUACAGUGGAUGGCCUUGACUCAGAAAUUUUAAAUUUUAAUUCAUUUAGCAGAUGCUCUUAUCCAGGGCAACUUAAAGAUACAUCUUAAGAUAGCUAUGUGGGACAACCACUUAUCCCAGUAAGUCAAUAUUUCCUAAAACAAAGUCAGAGAUAGUAAGAGGGGAAAAGGUGAAGUGAAGGUGUUAGUUUACGAAAAAUGAAUUUUUUUUGGUGGGGUGGCUGUAGACUGUUGUUUUAUUGGCCUUUGCUGUACAUCAAAGUUACCCCACAAUCUAUGUGAUUACAUUAAAAGGCCCAAAGCAGCCGUUUUUAAACUAAACAUUUUACUAAACAACUAAACAUUUCACUGUGUCAUGGGUUUGGGUUAAAAGGUGGGCAAAAAAAGAAAGACAUUCCUUUACAUUGAUUUAAAAAUCAAAAUUCAGUUUUUUGAGUUGAUUCAAUCCAAUCAGUUUUUUGAGUUGAUUCAAUCCAAUCAGUUUUUUUGAGUUGAUUCAAUCCAAUCAGUUUUUUGAGUUGAUUCAAUCCAAUCAGUUUUUUGAGUUGAUAAAACACAGGAAAAACACAGAGCCUUUAACAAUGAAUGGAGAUUGGGUCGCUCCUCCAUUUCGAACAGCUGGUCUGUUUUCAAGUAUUACACAAAGUGGAUGUUGUGGAUUUUUUGAUUCUAUAAAUAAGUCUCUCUCUCAUAAUUGUAUCUACUUUUUUCAUUUAACAUUAUUUAUAUUAUCACAAUUUGACCAAGUUUAACUCUUGAUUUCACCUCACAGUAUUGUCUUUGUAAAUGUAUUUGAAAAGUGCCUGUAUUAAAGGGAGAUAGAAUGAGGGUGUGAUAUUAGUUGUAUUGGUUACACUUCCCCAUACAGUCAUUUCCCGCCCAAUGAUAAGGUAAAUACUAUGGCUUUAUAUCUGUACUUAAAUUGUUAUGAGUUGGUAGGGCUACUUAAUAUGAUCAAUGCAAUUAACAUGGAAUAUAAUUCAUUAUAGUAUUUUUUAAGGACUGUAUGUAUGGUGACUUUGUAGUUUGUACAAUUAUGUAUUACAGCAUACAUUUAUUUUAAGGGAUAGUGCAUGAGAUUGAUAACCAUUUAGAUUAGCCAAUUUCAUGACUUCAAUUACCAAACUAUAUUAUUUCAAAUGGAUAUGGGGUAUUUACAUCGUUUUUUUGGGGGGGGGGGGCUAUGGAGGUGCUGUAAACGAGAGUUGUUACCUUUCAUUCUGAAGUUCAGAAAACUGUUUACAUGAUAUGAUACUUGUUACAUCAACAGACGUUGAAGUUUGUCCCACAGCAGACAUGGUUACAUUCUGCUUUAAAAAGUGUUGUCAUUUCAUGGGUAGUUCUCUACAGUAUUUAAAAGUGCUUGUGUUGGACAAAAAUGUUGAAUGAUGUAUUCUUAAUCUAUUUAAAUAAAUACCUUAUUUAUUAAAUGUU